CGACACGGCGGCACCCGGGCCACGGUUUUACGCCACGCUCUCUCCUCUCCAUUUCUCUCGCACCCUUCCCCCAUCCUUAAACCCUAGCUCUCCCUCUCCCUCUCCCGUCCCGCCUCCACGAUGGCGACCGCCGACGGCCAGUCCCAGCCUGCGGCCACCGAACCCUCCCCAUCCCCGGCCAAGCGUAAGACGGACACCGGCUCCGAGAUCUCUCCCCUCGACCCACCCGCCAAGGCCGCCCGCCCCGGCGCCGACGAGGAGGCGGCCGCCGAGGCCAAGGCCCGGGUCGCGGACAAGGGGAAGGGCAAGAUGGUGGUCGAUGAGGAGGAAGAAGGCGACGAGGAAAGCGACGAUGAGGAGGAUGACGAGGAGGUCGAGGGAGAUGGCGACGAGAGCGACGGCUUAUGCGAGGAUCCCCUCUCCGAGGUCGACCUCAACAACAUCCUGCCCUCUCGGACCCGCCGCUGCGCCCCAGCACAGCCUGGGGCGUACCUGGUGCCACCAGAGGAGGCAGGGGAGGAUGACGAGGACGAUGAGGACGCAGACGUCGACAUGGCUCCCGGGGAGGAGAGCGGCGACGGGGAGGAGAGCGAUUAGGGUCGCAGCUGGACUAACUCGCCUUCGUCUCGCGCUUGUGAUGCACAGAAAUGUUUCUAUGAACUGUUCCCUUGUGGAAGUACAUUUCUGCGAUUGCAUCCAGUUUAGGCCUUUAGGUACCUUAUUUAUGCAUCAUGAGCGUUUAAUUUCGAGGUAUGACCUAAUUUAAGUGUUUUUAUCGAGUAAACAAGUAUCACUGCUGGUGCUUCUGGAUUAUGUUUCCGCAACCUUGGUCUUGCUUACUGAGAUAACUAGAUCUAUUCAUGCUGUGUACUUGGACUUGGA